AUGUUCACAGAGAACUCAUCAAAUCUUCACUCGCGCCAGAAACGUAUGAUUGGUCAUGCCUUUCUUGGACACGGAGAAUGGAUGAUCACAGAUGUUAUCCACAUUGUAAAACUUCAACACGCUUACGCAAAAAUUUGCACAGGUGUCAUAGUAUCACCUAAACAUAUCUUAACUGCUAGUACAUGUAAUAUGCAACCAGCACAUUGGUACACAGUUGAAUCUGGUGCACCGCAUAUAAGUGCUAUGAAAACUCACCAAGUAUAUGAUAUACUGCAUAAAAUACAUCUUUCCUUGCUUUUGAUUGAACCACCUAUUAGUGUCACAAGUCCAUCGCUCAGUCGACCAAUAGCACUUGCUAAAGAUCCUCUAUCUGCUGACAUCCAUGCAUCUAUUAUUGCUUGGGGACCCAAUAGCCAAGUACGACCAAUUACAGGAGUGACAAUAUUCAACCUGCUGACAUGUAUUGAUCGAUAUGAACAUCACUUUUCUAUUACACCAUUUAAUAUCUGUACUGCGCAAUUACCUGAAAAUAAUCGAUGUACGAGUGAGGAUGUCGGUUCCGCUUUGGUUGUUGGUGAUACACUCCUGGGUAUUCUCGUUCAGACUGGAAGCGUUUUAAGUGUUGAUCACCCGGAUGUUUUUGUACGCAUAAAUAGUAACGAAUACUAUACUUGGAUCAUGAAAAACAUUCAAGCAGAUUUGCACAAAAAUGCACAAUCGCACAAUCAUGGGCGCUGA